UCAAAAUCUCAACCUGAAGACGUUUCCGCCAAAUACCCACAACCCUAGGCCUUCACCCUGGGUCGUUACAUUGCAUUUUUCCGGCGAUGAAUAUGUAAAGUACUCAACUUUACAUACCACGAUGAAUUUUUUAUUGGUACCAGCCACUGCUUGAAGUAUUCACGUGAAAUUCUCAUGUCUCUGCGGACGAUAGCAUUUCUUACAUCGUUUCCAACCCAAUUGUUCUCUUUCUGAUAUCAGUUCAUCAUUCCUAUAGACAUCAUUCCAAUUCAACGUAGAAAUUGAUUCACACUCUGCCUAAAUUCAUUUUCACAUUUCAUUACCAUGUCGUUACACGAAUAUAAAGAUUUUGUUGGUACUUUAGCGGGAAUAUGUACCAUUUUACAAUUUUUUUCUCCUGCUUUCAUGUGUUUGGAUUUCAUAAAGGCUGGAUCCACCGAGAAUGCUGAUGUGAUGCCAUUUAUUGGCGGUUUAGUUCUGUCGAUAUUAUUCGUUCAAAAUGCCAUACUUAUUAAAGACAAUAUUAUGCUAUAUGUGAAUGCGUUUGCUUUGGUACUAGGUGUCAUCUAUUUAGUUCUAUACUUUUUUUAUACUAAGAAUAAGGUCAAAUUCUAUCUAAAACUGAGCAAAGCUGCCAUAUUUAUUGCUGUCAUUAUUGGUUACGCCCAAAGAGAAAGUAAAGAUGUCGUGCAGUUUAGAUUCGGCCUGAUCGUCACAUUCAUUUUAUUGGCUCUUAUUGCAUCUCCACUUAUCUCGGUGAACGAAAUAAUCAAAACCAAAAACACAUCUGGUCUUCCUAUUCCAUUAAUUUUAUCGGGAACAGUUGUUUCUUUUCUGUGGUUUUUGUAUGGUGUUAUUAUUGGUGAUCUAUUUGUGCAGGUUCAAAACGUCACUGCUUUCUUUUUAAAUGCAUUCCAGUUGGGUUUACUCGGGUAUUGCAAAUUGAGUAAACCGGUUAAAAGUGCCUCUGUUAAGAAAUCUAAGAAAAGUGAUUAAUUUUUUUCAAACCAUGUGCCUAUAAAUAUCAAAUACUUAAUAAUAGUUGAAGUAGUAUUUUUAUAAAUUAGUUAUAGGAUUUUGUUUUGUUAUUGAAUGAUUGCUCAUUUUGAAUUGAAGUUUAAUCUUGAUGCUAUGGGUUGUAAUAGUUUUGACAAUAAUUUAAAUCAUGUUACCACGCUUUUUUUUUUGCGAAUCAUCAAUAAACCCGCAUCAAUUAUUGAA